AUCCGCUUCUGGAUCCUUCCCAGCGUCCUUAUCCAAUAUCUUCCCAUUCCAGCUCCAUCCCCUGUCCCAAUUGAUUUCUUCAAAAGUUCAGAUGAGCAUCAGACUCCUUACCUCCAUGGUAACCGCCCUAUCACCGUUCCCUCGCCCAAUCACAUACGCUUGCUUCUACCGCUUUCUAUUUGUUUCGGUCUUUUGGAGACGAUCAAUCUCCAGUUCCACCGCCUCUCACCGAUUAUGUUCCCCUCCUCUUCUCCUGUCUCUCUCUCUCUCUCACCCUAAGUCCGGACGGUGACCCAUUUUCUCUUAUAUCCACCAUCACCUGCUUUCGCUAAUAUCCACCUCCAAUGGUUGACUGUCCAUUUUGAUUUUUUACACAUAAGAAUCGCACGAUUUGUAGGUGGUGUUUUCUUUAAUACCACAUGCCUCCUCCGCCGCUUCUCGAGUGGUCGUCGUCUCCAUUGGAAGUAGAAUUACAGGUCUCCGGUGAGUCGCAGUAGAUUCCUUCACGAGUACAGGUUUGAAGCCAAUGAUUUUGUCGUUUGGCAUAUGUGACUGGUAUAGCUGAUGAACAGUGAAAUGGCUGAGCAAGGGAAUUUAAAGACUCUGUUACCAAGAAAUCGUAAUUGCACCCUAUAGGGCUAAACUCUGAAUGGAAAGAAAAAAAAAUCGCCCAAGAAGAGAGAGAAGGGAAAUCGCGGUUGCCUUCAUCGCGCACUCGCCAAAAGUGACUCGAACUUCCCAGGAGCAAUCCUCAGGUAAUCCCAUGGAGGCUGUCCUAUAUUACACGGGGUUUUCAGAUAUCUGAAGUUAUGGUUGGCAUGGAUCUGCAAUGAUAGAUUUUGACAGGACUGCCACCGAUUCCUAUUGCAUAAUGGAAAGAUCCGGAAAGGCUCUUAUUUCUGAAUCCAUGAACUUGGUGGAUCAUUUAAUAAGAACUCUCUUUCAAACUUGUAUUGAAGAAGAAGACAUACUAACCGACUUUGUUCUUUCCAGUAUUGGAUACAAAGCUAUAUUGCAUAUUCACUCUGUUGUUGAGGAAUGUGAGAUUAUUGUGUUCAUACAUCAAGUUGAUCCUAAAACCAGGAAACAAAUAAAGAAGGUGAGUAAUAAGAUAUACAUCGAGAAAUUCAGACUUGCAACAGCUUGGUCGAUUUACACUCGACUCGGAAGGCAAAUUCAAAGGUUUGAUGUAACUUUGGUGGUUGGCCGAUUGCAUAGAAGGUUCCAUUGGGUUUGAAGCUACAAGGGAGACCUGAUAAAGGUGAAGGAGGAGCAAUUGGAGCACUACCCACGAGCGGAAGCAGUUGGACUGGUGCUGCCUAAGAAAUAUAACCUAUGUUUUUUCUUUAUUCUCUGAUUCCCAUUCCAUACAAUCGUAACCAUUAACACUAUAAUCCAUUUGUAUAUAUACGCCAGUAACACAUUAAAUAAAAAACACAACUCCAUUUCUAAAACAUACACGUAAAAGAAACGAAACAGGUCAUAGACUGUAACGUUCACGCUUAAUAGAGAUCAACACUUAAGCUUUUCAUAUUUUUCAUGUGCAUUCUGAUGACAUACGCAGA